UGGGAACUGUGGCUGUCGGCUGUCAAGUGAAAAAUGAGUGGGUAGGAAAUAGGAAUGCGAAAAAAUCUAGAGUUCAAACUUCAAAAUUAUGUUUGAAUGGUUCGAACUUUAUAGAAUCAAAACAAGAUUUGAUAACCCUUUACAAACUUUAAUGUCGUUGAAGUGACUGUGUAUGUAAGUACCCUUUAUUACCUAAGCCAAGAAUGGGUAACGCAGGGAGUAACCCUCCUAAGGAAUGGACAAAAGAUCAUCAAAGUAAACAUGUUGAAGUUGGGCCAUCAUCUCCAACGAAAGAUGGAGAGGCCUUUACAUUUGAUAAGAAAACAGACGAUGACCGAAGCGGUCGAGACGAUGACAAUAACCUUGAAGAAGGAGCUCCAUAUUAUACAAAAUGUGUGCCUGAACAUGCAGAUCAUGAUGAAGAACCUAUGCCCCGUAAAAGAUCAAAUACAUUAACUGGAAGCAAUAAGAAUAUAGAAGAUGUUCAAGUAUUACCUACAGUAUUCAAAUGGGAAGGAGGAGGAAAACAGGUUUUUAUUAGUGGAACAUUUACUGAAUGGAAAACAAUUCCUAUGGUGAAAUCUCAUGGAGAUUUUGUAACUAUUAUUGACCUACCAGAAGGUGAGCAUCAGUAUAAAUAUUUCGUAGAUGGAGAAUGGAGACAUGAUCCUACAGUAAAAGUUGUAGACAAUGGUAUGGGAUCUAAAAACAAUUUGGUAACUGUGAAAAUGUCUGAUUUUGAAGUAUUUCAAGCUCUUGCUAAAGACAGUGAAGGCAUACACAGUUCAGCGCAGACUGAAUAUUCCCAGGAAAUCCCACAAUCCAAGCCCUGGGAAAAAGUAUCUGGGCCUCCAAUAUUACCACCCCACCUGUUGCAAGUUAUUUUAAAUAAAGAUACACCAUUAUCGUGUGAGCCAACACUUUUACCAGAACCCAAUCAUGUGAUGUUGAACCAUUUAUAUGCGUUAUCAAUUAAGGAUGGAGUUAUGGUGCUAUCUGCAACACACAGACACAGGAAGAAGUAUGUUACAACAUUGCUGUAUAAACCAAUUUAAACAAAUAUAUUAGGUACUUAAAUCACAAAAAAAAUGUAUUGAAACAGUAAAAACAUUUGAUAUUAUAUUAUUUAUUUAUUAUCAUUUUUCAUAAUUAAAAGAUUAGAUUUAAUUACAAUGCAGUUAAACUUUAAAUCUUUUGAGAUUAGAUUAACAGUCUAAAAUAAAAAAGGCCUAUAGCAUUUUUUUUUAUAUUGCAUGAGUGGUUUGUCAAAAAUUUAAGAUUGUUAAACUAGAAAUAUAAGUGACAGAGACAUUUAAGAAAAGUGUAUGUUAGUUGACAAUUUUGAAUACAUUGUUUAAAUUGAUAUAUGUAUUAGUAAAAAAAAUAUUUUCACAUUUAUGGCAUUAUUUAAAAACUACAAAUGUUUGACAUAUAUUAAUUACUUUCUCAUAAUAUUGUAAUUUAACUUUUCAAUAAUCCUGGUACAUUAAGAAUAUUAAAAUUAUAAUACUGAUUAAUAUAAGCCUUUGGCGAAACCACAAUCACAUAAUUAUUUAAUAUCAUAUUUGUUAUGACUCAUUUGUAGAAUUUCUUAAUAGUGAAUAAUGUAAUACAUUAAUCAUGAUCUAGCCACACUGCAAAAUUUAUAGUUAUAUGUUGAUUAUUCAUAGAUCUGACUAGACCAAUUCAUGUUGCUAGCUAAUACAUACCACUUAAUUGGGCAAAUUGAAUUUUAUAACCAUAGCCCCUAGCUUUAGAACUAUUAAUUGUUAUGAUAUAAUAAAGGAAAGAUCUUUCUUA